UCAGGCUUUCCUGACUCUCCAAUAAUCCUAUAUUAAGAACACCAAAACCCACAAAUAGUAACCUCUUAACCUCCUCUCAAGUUUCAAGCUUUCAUCAUUUUCCAAUAAUCCUGUAGUAAGAACACCAAAACCCAUAAAUAGAAACCUCAAAUCAGAUCUUUUAACUUGACUUUCCUUUCACAUGGAAGCUGCUAAUUCGAUUGGCUCUGCGGCUCAUCCCUCUUCAGUUCCCGUGCCGGUGGUUCCCAGUGUCUCAAGCGGCACGCUCGGCAGUCACCUCGCUCGGCGGCUCGUUGAGAUUGGAGUGAGUGACGUGUUCUCUGUUCCUGGGGAUUUCAAUUUGACCCUUUUGGAUCACUUCGUCUCCGAGCCUGGACUCAACUUGAUCGGCUGCUGCAACGAGCUCAACGCCGGCUACGCCGCCGACGGCUAUGCUCGAGCUAAGGGCGUGGGUGCUUGUGUGGUCACUUUCACCGUCGGUGGGCUAAGCGUGUUGAACGCUAUUGCUGGUGCUUACAGUGAGAAUUUGCCAGUGAUUUGCAUCGUGGGAGGUCCGAAUUCCAACGAUUAUGGCACUAACAGGAUCUUGCAUCAUACAAUUGGGCUUCCUGAUUUCACCCAAGAGCUUCGAUGCUUUCAAACAGUCACCUGUUACCAGGCGAUUGUGAAUGAUUUGGAUGCUGCGCACGAGUUGAUAGACACUGCGAUUUCAACAGCUUUAAAGGAGAGCAAACCAGUUUAUAUCAGUAUAAGUUGCAAUCUUCCUGGAAUCCCUCAUCCUACUUUUGCUAGAGAUCCUGUUCCCUUCUUUCUUGCUCCAAAAAUAAGCAACCAAUGGGGGUUGGAAGCAGCAGUUGAAGCAACAGCAAAUUUUCUCAACAAUGCAGUGAAGCCAGUGAUUGUGGGAGGUCCCAAGCUAAGAGCAGCAAAGGCACAACGGGCUUUCGUCGAGCUCGCCGAUGCGAGUGGCUACCCGAUCGCCGUUAUGCCAUCGGGGAAAGGGAUGGUGCCGGAGCACCAUCCACAGUUCAUAGGGACGUACUGGGGUGCUGUGAGCUCCAGCUUCUGUGGGGAGAUAGUUGAAUCAGCUGAUGCUUAUGUCUUCGUUGGUCCUAUUUUCAAUGAUUACAGCUCUGUUGGGUACUCAUUACUUGUCAAAAAGGAGAAGGCUGUGAUUGUGAAUGUGAACCGUGUGACCGUCGGCAAUGGGCCAUCCUUCGGCUGGGUUUUCAUGGCUGAUUUUCUAACUGCAUUGGCCAAAAGAUUGAAGAAAAACCCCACUGCUCUAGAGAAUUAUCACCGAAUAUAUAUCCCUCCCGGCAUGCCUCUCACCUACGCAAAGGACGAACCUUUACGAGUCAAUGUUCUCUUCAAACAUAUUCAGCAAAUGUUGUCCGGUGACACUGCGGUGAUUGCUGAAACUGGUGAUUCAUGGUUCAACUGUCAGAAGCUUCGUCUUCCUGAAAAUUGCGGCUAUGAAUUCCAAAUGCAAUAUGGAUCUAUUGGGUGGUCAGUUGGUGCCACUUUGGGAUAUGCUCAGGCCACUAAAGAUAAGCGUAUAAUCGCCUGUAUUGGUGAUGGGAGUUUCCAGGUUACGGCUCAAGAUAUUUCAACAAUGAUUAGAUGUGGACAACGGACCAUUAUCUUCCUCAUCAACAAUGGUGGAUACACCAUAGAAGUGGAGAUUCAUGAUGGUCCAUACAAUGUUAUCAAGAACUGGAAUUAUACUGGACUGGUAGAUGCCAUCCACAAUGGUGAAGGAAAAUGCUGGACUGCCAAGGUACGAACAGAGCAAGAACUAAUAGAAGCAAUCGCAACCGUGAGCGAUGAACACAAAGAGUCAUUAUGUUUCAUUGAAGUUUUAGUACACAAAGAUGACACAAGCAAAGAGCUGCUGGAAUGGGGGUCUCGUGUGGCCUCUGCCAACAGCCGCCCUCCAAAUCCUCAGUAACUCGCUGUUAGUGUAACAUCAAAUAGUGAACAAAGAGAAUAAAAACAGCAGAGCCUGCUCUGCUCUGCUCUGCUUGUUGGUUGUGUUGUGAAUGGUUGGAUAUUAUUAUUGCGAUUGAAGUAAGGUAGUUGUGGCAUUGUGUGAAAUGCAAGAGGUUUUAAUUUGAGGAGUUGUGUAUGGGCCUUCCAACAAAGCAAUGGCUAUUACUUCGUAUGCUGCUUCUGUUAA